AUGCAUGGUGAAGCUGGCGACCCGGAACUUGAUAGAGCCACUCCUGAUACAUCCAAAACAGAGCCACUAUAUCCAGAAAAUGAUAAUGCUGAGUAUACAGAUAUCCUGAGGACGAAGGAGUUGACUAUCGAACAGUGUUCGCAGAAACUAUCGCAUGUUCUAGGAAAGCUUCUCCGAGAGAACCCGGAAGACUCCAUGAAAGAGAAAUACGAAGAGCUCCUAGAAAAACUUACGAGUGCCGUUCCAUUGCCCCUGAAAGCGUUUACUCAGUGCUACCCACAGAACUAUCUUUCAGAGAUACUUAUAACGAACUACGCAGACCUCGUCAAGUUCUGUUCGCUGUACUUGAACUUGUCUCUUUCAUCCCACGUCACCAAGUUUGUCGUUAACGUUUUUUACAGUUUAGAAUGUUGGGAGAUUUAUCAUCUACUACAAAUGGUUCCUAACCUUGAUUACUUUCUAAGGCUUGUUGAUAUAGAAGUCACCGAUACGCCAUUUGGACACAUUGUUUCGCCACCGGAUAACUUUAUGGGCUUCAAUUUGAGGCAAGGCUUCCAGUAUCCAUUCCCAUUCCCAUUCUACAACUUCUCAUACCAUACCAUGAAUCCAGACGUGACUUCUCAGAAAUUCCAAAGGCUCCGCAUUGAUAAUUACAUAGACAUACGCUUGAACAAGGCACAGCCCAAGAAAAAGAAGAAGUCAAGAGCAUCAAAAAAGACAGAGGCAUUGCCAUCUCUUUCUCAAGAUACAUCGCAGCGCAAUAUCGAUUUACCAAGACAGGAUUCGUCUGUCUCUGAGCCUUCGCAUGAAUUAAGUUUCCAAAUUAUGACUCUUCGGGAUAUUGAACUGGAUGUGGAUGCGGUGGAGGGAGAUUUUGACGAUGAUGAAGAUGACGGAUACAAUACUGACGAUGCCGAGAGGUUAUUACAGGACGAGAACAAAAGCGUUCUGGAAGAAAUACCACAAGACGCUCAGCAGGUCUUGUUUGUUCCUUCAAUAUUCCAGCAGAUACUACUUAACCCGCAAGAUCCAGCUUAUCAGGCAUACCUUAGUCUGCUCCCAGGUUCAAAAUCCAGUGAAGUCCUUGAGGGCAAGCACGAGCCCAUCAAACACCGGAACCUUGUCCCGCCUCAACAGAAAGCUCGUCGUGAUCUGCUUACGAGACAUCUGCGCAAGGCCCACAAUGUGGUGGGUGAGCCUAACAAGAUAGCCAUAGAAAAAGCAAAGGAUACCGCUGAAGUUGUGGGCAAACGCAAAACUCCAUCAACCGGAGUUCCACCUGAACAAGACAAGAGAAGCCAACCCGCCAACAUACCUACAAUUUCUCAUCAAAGAUCGUCUCCACAAGAAGAUGUCAUGCCAGUUCCACAGGAAAGCAGCAAAUUGCCACAGCCACCAUCGUUCAUAAGCGCUGCACCAAUGCCAGCCUCGAUGCAAUAUCCUCCACAGUAUAAAGAAGCCUCUAGGCUGCCAUACUACGGCCAUGCUGCCCCUGUUGGCUCACAUCCACUGCCUCAGUUCCCAGCAUACGCAUCAGCUCUACAGCCACCUACGUUAGUCUCACCACAACUCAAUAAGAGAGGCGAUGAGGGCCGUCAAGACCAAAGUCCGCAGCUACAACAAUAUGGAUAUGCUGGGUAUCCAGCAUUCCAGCCUUACGGUCAGCCGUUCUACGGAGCCGACGGCAGGCUCUUCAUGCAAAUGCCUCUUCCAGGCUACGUCCAUCCCAUGGGAGUGCCACCACAGAAAAUGCAAGGACAGCCAAUGCAAGGACCUCAGAACAUACACAGCCCACAAUUCCAGCAUCAGCAGCAGUUCCUGCCAGUGGGCUCCAUGCCUAUGCCUCCCAUGGGUUACCAAUAUGCCGUAAACGAAGCAGGCCAGCCACAUGGGUCGCCUCAAAUGCAUCCAGGUCAAUCUAAUCCUACUCCCCCGCCUCCAAUUGGCCACAUAAGGCUGCCACAUAUCAGAGAAGACGACAAGUCUAGAAACAUGUAA